CUGCUGCUUUUUCCCAAAAUGUAUCAGGUGCCAAAUCUCUUCGAUUUAUAUAUCUGACGUCAUUUUGAUGUGACAGUGAGCGGAGAGCAGGUCAUAGAGCAGAGGCGUGAGCAGCAUGUGCAAAUAUUUUCUCAUAUACAAAAUUGUACGACAUAAGUUGUUGUAAAAAAGUCUUGAAGGGAAUUCAUAUUUCUGGUUAGCAAAUAGGAGGCACAGGUGUAACCAAGCCCACAGACAAGCACCAAAACGAGCCUACUAAAGACUACUGGAGUGAAUCAUGGCAGUGUGGCGGUGUAUGAUCUGUUUCGUUUUUGUUGCGUUAAGUAUAAAAUCGCUCCUCAGCCACAUAAAUGUCACGCAUAGCCGUAGUCAAGAUUUUUGGGUUCUGUGUGGAAUUGAUGGUUGUGAACAAGAUUUUAGAGUUUACAACUCAUUUUAUCGCCAUCUUAAACGAACACACCCUUUGUAUUUGGCGACCGGAUGCCCACCAAUGGCAUGGGGGACAACACCUACUUCAGCUGCACUUGGGUCAGAGAACUUUGGUGCAUCUAUUUUUUCUGAAGCCGCUACUCCUGCAAGAACGUACUUUGUGGAGGAACAGUCACACGGCAGUCAAAUUGAAACUUGUAUGGAAACUCCUCCUGAUUCCCAUUCUUGUAUUCAGGAAAAUAAUGGAGCUGGAACAUCUGUAACCGAACCGGAUAUUGGCAAGUCUGCGGCAGCUUUUGCAAUCAGUGUCCGGGAAGAAUGCCAUCUGUCACAGAGGACCGUCAACAGAGUCAUUGGAGGGGUGCAACAGUACCAAGCAACUCUCUUGGAUACAUUAAGGAUAAGAAUGAGAAGAGUUUUUGACAGACAUCCAGAGACAACAACUCAGCUUCAAAAUGAGGUUCUGAUUCUAACACACAUUGAAUUAUGAGAUGAAGAUGAUGAGCAGUGGAGAUAAACACCCAUCUACUCUUCACACUGGGAUUCUACAUGGUGACACUUUGUUUAGCUUCCUACUGCUCAAAUCUGUAAACAUGCUUUUUGUACAAGAAGGUGUGCUCCUCUCAUGACAUUACUUCCUGUACAAGAUCAAUACUCAUAAACCCACUCUGAAGUGCUGAUGGACUAAUAAUAAUAAUAAUAAUAUCUAUUAUACAUUAUUUUAAUUAUUAUUAUAAUUAAUUUUUUUUGGAAAUAAAUUUAUUUUUGCAUUUGUCACUUGUUUGUAUUGUACUAAUUAAUAUUAAAGAUAUAAACACAAAA